UGAGGGAAAGUGAUUGUAUCUGGACCGAAGAACCCUGAGGCACUUGCUCAGAGCCUCACGUGCAUCAGACACACAGCAGACAGUGCAGGCUUGAAGAAAGCCCUGUUUCUGAUACCAAGACAACCAUGCAAGGAAUGGAACAGACCACACCAGUGCCUGGCCCUAGUGUGCCCCAGCUGGGGCAGACUGCUGUGCUAAAAUCAUAUUUGUGGAAAGGGCUGCAGGAGAAGUUCUUAAGGGGAGAACCCAAAGUCCUCGGGGUUGUGCAGAUUCUGAUUGCCCUGAUAAACCUCAGCUUUGGAAUAAUAAUGAUGAGUGUCUUGUUGCCAGUUUACAGACCACAUCCCAUAUCAGUGUUCCUUGGAUUUACAGUUUGGGGGUCAGUGAUGUUUAUUAUUUCAGGGUCCUUGUCAAUUGCAGCAGGCAUGAGAACAACAAAAGGUCUGGUCCGAGGUAGCCUAGGAUUGAACAUCACCAGCUCCGUGUUGACUGUAGCAGGGAUUAUAAUCAGCGCAAUAAGCUUGAGUAUGUUUUCUUACUCUUACUAUGGAUGUAGCUAUAGCAAGAAUUUGGAUGAUUGCUCCAUGGCCACAUCAAUUUUAAUGGGUCUGGAGGCUAUGGUGCUCAUUUUAAGUGUGCUGGAGUUCUGCAUUGCUGUGUCUCUCUCUGCCUUUGGAUGUAAAGCAACCUGUUGUAACCCUGGUGGGGUUGUGUUAAUUUUACCAUCAAAUCCUCACACGGCAGAAACAGCAUCUCCUGCACCAUUUAAAGGAGGUUUAAUGCCACCAUCAAAUCAACAGAAAAAUGUUCCAGAAAAUCUAUACUGACUUCUUUGCAAGCAGCCCACAUGGGAAAGUACCAGAAUCUAACUCUGAUAUAUAUAUCCAAUUUACUUCAAAAUCAUGUUCUCAUUUUUUUUUCCAAGAACUCAACAAUUUAUUUUACUGGCUCUUUAUCACAGCAUUAGAAGUUAAAUAAAUAAGUUAUACAUUUAAUUGGUCAACAGCACUUGAAAAUUUUUCACCUAUCUUUGGGACUUUAUAAAAGGGCGUUAAAUUGGUAAAUAAGAUUUGGCAGUAAAAGGUCAAAAAAUAUUGCUGAAAUGAGGCCUCCAUGCAGACUACAUGUUUCUGCUCCUCUGCUAAUAUUCCUCCCACUUGUGUGAGGAACCUUAGGGGACACAAAGUGCUUUUGCCUUCAGGAAGUUGGGAUACAUGACUCCCCCCCAUCUUUUCUUCUCCUGUUUUCCUUCUCCCACAGAAAGUACCUUGGAAUAGCACAGGCAGUCCUUGUAUGUGCUCAAACCAUUAUUUGAUUUGAAGUACACAUGGAAUAAAAUCAUAUCACGGAUCAUAUUCAACUUAUAUUCUCUCUCUCUCUCUUCCCCCCCCUUUACCUCCUAAUGGGCACAAUUAUGUCUUAAUCAAGUGUGUAUCCAGUGCCAUAUAUGAGAUCACACAAUACAUGGUAUUUACUGAACGUUCAUUAAAUACAUUUGCUUUGUGUUAUUACAGAGCAAAAAUAAAUUAAAUAAAAUUAGAAGCGAUA